GUGAUGUUCAUAGGAGGAACACGGAUCAAAUCGGCUGCUGAACCAGGAUCCCUCAAUCUCAGGUUGACGACAUCAAACUGGUUGUUAGCCUCCACUGGUUGAAUCUUGUGUACCACUUCUAGUGACUUCACCCAUAAGGUUUCAGGUCCUAACAGUGCCGCUUGAUUGGCCAAGAGAUCAACCUGAUAGUUCAGAAGCAUGAUCUCUGCAGAGUUAUUUCUAUGGGCGUGCACCUUGAACAGCAUGUAGAGGGGCUGUGCCAGCUUGGAGUAUCCUUCCACAAAGUCCCUGAGAAGCCAGUCAGGCCCAGGAAUGACUGAAGCACUGAAAUACCUUGCAGUGCAGGCAGCUUGCUGAUUAGUUCCACCUUAGCUGCAUCAGGUCGUCUCCCUUGAACACCGAGCUCCAUACCCAGCAUAUGGCUAAACAAAAGAUUGCAGUUGUUGGUGCUGGGUUGAUUGGCCUCUCAACAGCAGUGUACAUUUCAGAAUCUAUCUCCAAGUGCUCUGUGACUGUAAUUUCGGACAAAUUUACUCCCAACACAACGAGCGAUGUAGCAGCUGGAAUGCUUAUUCCACACACUUAUCAAGGCAUACCAAUUCAUCAGCAGAAGCAGUGGUUUAGGGAGACCUUCGACUAUCUUUUUGAAAUCAAUAAUUCAUCGGAGGCUUCAGAUGCUGGCAUUAAUCUGGUGUCUGGCUGGCAGAUCUUUAAAACCAUUCCUGAUGAAGUGCUACCAUUCUGGUCUGAUGUUGUCCUCGGAUUUCGCUCAAUGACUGAAGAGGAGCUGAAGAAAUUUCCACAGCACAGAUUCGGUCAGGCUUUUACUACACUGAAAUGUGACUGCCCGUCCUAUCUGCUAUGGUUGGAGAAAAGGUUGAAAGGAAAUGGCAGCCAGGUGUAUGCUAGACGAAUCGAAGAUCUGUGGGAACUACAUAGCAAAUAUGACAUCGUUGUCAACUGUUCAGGCAUUGGAUCCAGAGAACUCAUGGGUGACUUGGAGAUAUACCCUGUCAGAGGUCAAGUACUCAAGGUCGAUGCUCCUUGGGUGAAUCACUUCAUCCGGGAUGGGGAUGGUUUAACCUACAUCUAUCCAGGAAUACACAAUGUAACAUUAGGUGGGACAAGGCAAAAGGACAACUGGAGCUUGUCCCCAGAUCCUAGAAGUAGCAAAGACAUAUUUGACAGAUGUUGUGCUCUUGAACCCUCACUUCAAAGAGCCCAGGACAUAAAGGUGAGGGUGGGUCUGAGGCCAUCCAGGUUAGCUGUGAGACUGCAGAAAGAGAUACUGGUCCAUGAUGGGAAAAAACUGCCCGUGGUCCACAACUAUGGACAUGGUUCAGGUGGCUUUUCAGUGCACAGGGGCACUGCUAAAGAGACUGCUCGACUGGUGGGAGAAUGCAUUGCUGCUCUGGAAGGCUCCUCUUUGAAGGCAAAGUUAUAAUCAUUGGGGCCUCCUUUUCAGUUAUUGGUAGGCUAUUAUAAAUCUACUAGUAAUACCUUUGGAAUGUUAUUCUAUAAGCAAUGGAAGAAACUGCGUGCAACAUUCUGAACAGUAGCCAAGUGCUUGUUUUGUGAAAAGUGUUUGCCCACAGAUGAUGGGGUGUUUUUGUCCUUUAUCAUUUUUCUAUUUGAGUUCAUUUGAGAGCAUAAUGAUUGUCUAGUUUCACCCACAUAGCUGUUGUUGGGGCAUUUGAUGCACUGGGUGAUGUACAAUACAUGUAAGACCCAAGGAUCUUGAAAGGUGUGCUGUGGGAGGUAUAGAUUCGAUAGAGACAGUAGUUUUAUGUCUGUUUACAACAAUGUGUAACCCUAAAAACCUCCUUUGUCCUAUGACUGUGGAAGUGUUAAUGGGCCGUUUCAUUUUGAAUGGUCCCUUGCAACAUGCAUUAACUCCUGUGCUUAACAAUCUGUUCUACCUUGCAUUUAGAUGUGACACUCUGAUUACCUUUUACAGACCUGAAUAAAACCUCUCUGUGUAGCUUGAAAACUUGUCUCUGUCUCUUCCACCAACAGAAGUUGGUCCAAUAAAAGAUAU